GCAUCCCGGGAGAGCGCGGGCCGCGGGUCUUCCUUUGCUGAGCCGACUGUGAGCUGCGGGGUAGGAGGCGAGUCCGGCGCUCUCAGAUCAUUCGUAGGCUACAGCGGCGUCCAACCUCGGAAUAGCUGUGAAAGCUGCUGGACCUGGUGGUCGGGUUCUCUGUUCUCCCUUUUCUUCCUUGCCACUUUUAGUUGGCCCCCAAGAUCUAGGAGUCGGCAGAAGGGACCUGAGCCGCGGCCCUAGGAUGGGAAACAGUGCCCUCCGCGCUCAUGUGGAAACCGCGCAGAAAACUGGUGUCUUUCAGCUUAAGGACCGUGGGCUGACUGAGUUCCCCUCAGAGUUGCAGAAGCUGACCAGCAAUCUAAGGACCAUCGACUUGUCCAACAACAAGAUCGAGAGCCUACCGCCUAUGAUUAUAGGGAAGUUCACUCUGCUGAAGAGCCUCUCCUUGAACAACAACAAACUGACUGUUCUUCCUGAUGAGUUAUGCAAUCUGAAAAAACUAGAGAUGCUAAGCCUAAACAACAAUCACUUGAGAGAGCUACCAUCUACCUUUGGGCAACUGUCAGCCCUCAAGACCCUGAGCCUCUCUGGGAACCAGCUGCGAGCCCUACCACCACAACUCUGUAGCCUAAGGCACUUGGAUGUGGUGGAUCUCUCCAAGAACCAGAUUCGGAGCAUACCUGACACAGUGGGGGAGCUGCAGGUCAUCGAACUCAAUCUCAACCAGAACCAGAUAUCUCAGAUCUCAGUAAAGAUAUCUUGCUGUCCUCGUCUUAAAGUUCUUCGCCUGGAAGAGAACUGUCUUGAGCUCAGCAUGCUUCCACAGAGCAUCCUCAGUGACUCCCAGAUCUGUCUGCUUGCUGUGGAAGGCAACCUUUUUGAAAUAAAGAAACUUCGAGAACUGGAAGGCUAUGAUAAGUACAUGGAGAGGUUCACGGCCACUAAGAAGAAGUUUGCAUGAUGUUCUCCAGGAGCAUGGGAACCAUAUAGGACACUGACUUGGAAUCUGUUGCAAUCUGGAUGAAUCAGAGGCUCCUGUUGUUGUCAAGGAUUAUCUGCAGUAAGGAGAUGAUACUCCAGAUUAUAUUUUGCUCAAUGAUCUUUUUCCUUUCCAGGACUCGUCUUAAGUAAGCUAAAAGAAAUCAAGAGACAAUAAGAGCCUUCCAUUUUGAGUCAUGGAUAGGGCAGAGACAAUGUCGAUCAUCAAAACCAUCAUUAGUCUGCCUUUAAGAAACCAGUAGCUAGUUGCUAUUUAUACAGUGAAGGGAUGCUGCCCGGUAACAGAAUCACUCCAUAGCACAGCUUGAAAUUUCAUGUUUAGUUUCAGUGUAUGAGCUUUCAUAAAGUUGACUGCCAUUCCACCUGUGUUAACAUUUUGUAUUUUUAUGGAAUUCAAAUAAUUUGUGAGAGGCUACUAUGGUUAAUCUAAGGAUUUAUGAUUUCAUUUCCGUCCAUCAAUUCAAUUGCAGUGUUUAUACUUGGAAUUUAGAAUGUACAUAAAUAUGUGACUGUCUUGUUUAAAAGUAUACUGUCAGAGAAGCACCAAUACAACACUAAGAGAUGUGUCCCCAAGGCUGCAGUAGCAAAUUUUUUACUAUUGCAGGUGCCUUAUUGGUAGAGAGCUUUGAAGAGCUAAAACCAUAUAUGCAAAACUUGUAAGAUACAAAGGGUUUUAAUAAUCAAGAUUUUCCCAAAACUUUGUUAGAAAUAAUGUCUUAUUUCUGGUAAUCCUUUUCCCUUUUUGUAUUUAUAAUUCUAAUCAAAUUACCAAUCAAAAAACUAUCUGUAUACUAUUUUAAAAUAACUAUGUUUAUAAAGCUUAUUCUCUGGGUGAGAGAAUAUACUAAAUAAAGAAUUUUUAAUGAACUUUGACUGGAAAAAGGGUUAAUCCUUCUUCCAUCAAAGGAAGAAGACAGGAGAAAAUUUAACCUGUAUGUGGUCCUUUGUUUGAAAGUAAAGUGAUUAGGAAACAUUUCAUGUUCUUGUUAAGGUCGCAGGAGUACUGAAAUGCCUUCAUGUGACUGAUAAGCAUUUCAUUUUGCAGUACUGGAACCAUGUUUAUUAAGAGAAACUAAAAUUUACAAAGGUAUAUGAUUUCAUGUUGUUACUGACAUGAACAUUUAGAUAACUACCACUCUGUAAUUUUCUGAGGUUUUGUCUUUCUCAGGGCAAUUUAGCGUGUAUUGUCAGUUCUUCUUUUAUAAACCUAGUUUAACCAUUAAGCCAAUAGAUCACAACAGCUUAGUGUUUAAACUAUAUGAAGAAGUCUCUCUGACCCUAAAUCUGAUAUGGAUAUUCUUUAUUUUCCAUGUUAUUUUCUGUUUCUCAACAUGGGGAAGGAUGGGCUGCCAGUUUAUCAUUAGCAAUUGAGUUUGGUUUUUUAUAAACUUUAAUGCUUAACCUUUUUGAUCUACUAAACGAUGUUUCUCUAAAUUUUUUUUAUCAGUAUUUAACAUCUAAUAAAUCAGAACUUAUAAAUAA